AUGGACGAGGUCGGAGCAACUGUGCGAGUGUGUUUGUCUGUGUUUGUCUGUGUAUGUAUAAGCAAAAGUGACCAUGACUCUUGUUUGAGAUCUCAGUUUCCCAUAAUCCCGCCAGCCUUGGCAUUGUAUCAUUCCAUACCCGGCGCAAAUCGCAAAAAGCCUCGCUUCUCCACGUUUCUCCUACCCUCUCACUCACCAAGCUUAUUGCUGCCCACUAGACCUCCUCUUCUCGGCUCAAAUGCCAUCAUCCUGAAUCCCCCAAUCCAGCAAAUCCCGCAUCCCGCACAGCCCAGCCCCCUUCCCCCUCCCCCAACAAUGGUCCGAAUAUCGGCUUUCGACGUGGAGCAAUGGAUGGACGAGUACGAGACCACCCCGGGCUGCCUCAACAUCGCCGAGACCUGCGCCGCCUCCGUCUCCGUAAAUGACCUAGUCACCCUCUCCGAAGACAAGCACGCGCCCGGCCCCGUCGACCUCUCCACAAAGCUAGUUUAUGGCCCCAUCCGCGGCUCCGCCCGGCUCCGUCAAAGAGUCGCGGCGCUCUGUAGCGGCGCUGGGGCCGGCUCGAAUGACUCAACUCCCGGCGUGCUCUGUGAAGACGACGUGCUCAUCACGCAAGGCGCCAUCGGUGCCAACUUCCUGCUGCUGUACACCCUGGUGAGCCCCGGCGACCACGUCAUAUGCGUGUAUCCCACGUACCAGCAGCUCUACAGCGUCCCCGAGAGUCUCGGCGCAGAUGUCUCCCUGUGGAGGCUCAAGGAGGAGAACGGCUUCGUGCCAGAUGUGAGCGAACUCGAGGCCUUCGUCAAGCCCAACACAAAGAUGAUCAUCGUCAACAACCCAAACAACCCAACCGGCAUCCCCAUCCCAACGCCAGUCGUCGCCUCCCUCGUCGCCUUCGCCAAAGCCAGAGACAUCAUCCUCUUCUCAGACGAAGUCUACCGGCCCCUCUUUCACAACAUCUUCUCUUCCUCAAGCGGGGACGCGGACGUGCCCCCGCCCCUCACAACCUUUGGCUACCCCAAAGUCGUCGUCACAGGCUCAAUGUCCAAAUCCUACGCCCUGGCCGGCAUCCGCAUCGGCUGGAUCGCCUCCGCAGACAAAUCCAUAAUCCAAGCCGUCGCCUCGGCCCGCGACUACACCACCAUCAGCGUCUCCCAAAUCGACGACCAAAUCGCCUCCUACGCUCUAUCACCACCCGUCUAUGCGCCGCUCCUACGUCGGAACGUCGGGCUCGCCGUUACCAACAAGGCUCUCCUUGAAGCGUUCAUCGAGAAGCACAAGGGCGUGUGCUCCUGGGUGAGGCCGUUGGCGGGAACGACUGCGUUUAUACGCUUCACCCACAGGAGCGGCGAGCCGGUGGACGAUGUGCGGUUCUGCUUGGAUGUGCUGAGGGAGACGAAUGUGUUCUUCGUGCCGGGGUCAAAGUGUUUUGGUCAUGGGAGGGACUUUAAGGGGUACGUGAGGAUUGGGUAUGUGUGUCACACCGAGGUGCUUGUGGAGGCUCUCGAGAAACUUGAGGCGUAUAUGCGUGUAGCGUUCCCGGAGUAG